CUCCGCUCCGCCUCCGAAUGUGUGAUUGCUUUGCUGUUUUUAGGAAUGUCGUCUCGUCGCCAUUGUUGUUAGAGGAAAUAAUUGGAAAAGUGAUUUCCUUCGGUUUUCGUGACCCUGUCGAUAUUAUAUCGUUCUUCUAGUUAAAAUAUAGUGAAGUUCUAAACUGUGACUAGUGAACAGACAUGGACGCGUACUGAAAUCAGUGCUAAAAGUGGUGCAAUGUUGGACCAGUAUUCUCUGUAUAGCAAGCUUCAUAAUACCUAUUACGUUUCAUAAGCUUCCCUUCGUCACGUGGGAGUGUGCCUUUUUGUUUCAUCCAUGUUCAAAUCCAAACCAAAAAAGCCAUUGUAAUCACUUUUCACCUAUUUGUUGAUGGGUUUUAUCUCCGUUGUUAACACAUAUCCUUUGAUAAUUGUCAUAAAUUUGCGUUUGUUUUUGUUAUGGAAUCAACCGGCAAUUGAUUUCAUUUUCAGCAUAUUCCAAAACAUUUAUGUAACAUGAAAUUCCUAUCUUUCAUGUGAUUUGAGCUGAAAUUGGACCCCUGAAUAUCUGAUGAGUGUAGUUGUGACCUAAUCUAUUUUGAUGCUGAAAACACUGGAUGAAUGGGAUUGCGUACAGCCUCGGUGAGGCAUUCCCAUGUGGUGGUCAUGGCCCCAGCUUUAACCGAAACUGUACAGACACAGAAUUUUGAUUUACCACCAAAAUCCUGUUUAGAACCAGCAUAUCCAAUAAACAGUUUUACUAAAAACAAAUUUGAAGUGAAUAAACAGCUGUUUUCCAAAGAUAGAGGUGAAGAUGUGCAGGAGUAUCCUUUAAACAGUUCUGAAAUAAAUAACACUGCUUCAAUUAUCAAAGACAAAUUAUUGGAAAAAUACUGGGACAAAAUAGUUACAGCCUCGGAAAUUGACAACCUCCCUGCUUCAAAUAUUAAUAUGAAUGUGAGCCCUUCCUCUAUGGGUGACCAAGGGAAUAAAAUGGGCCUCCAAAACACUGACCUGAAUAUUUCUCUCAUGAGUAGAGAUAAAAGUUCCAAUGAUAUGGAGCAAUUAUUGCAAAAUUUGAAUUCAGUUUUACCAGAUGCAGAGGGUGUAACGACAGGAGAUGUUGAAGACAUAAUGCAAGUUAUUAAAUCUAUUGAGGGUAGUGAGCAGUUGAAUAAUAGUGCCAAUGAUUUGAACAGUGAAGGGGAAGAAAUAUUUCCAAUUGGUGGAGCAGACCUAACUAACAAUUUGUCAUCUUUUGAAAAAGAAUUACUGGAAAAUGUUGAUGUGAUGAAUAUGACAAUUGAAGACCAGCAAGAUGAGCUCGAUAGUGUGGUGAUACAAAAAGAAUCUCAAGCUAAAGAAGUGCUUGUAGCUUUACAGAAGAAACAUGCCAAGGUAGAGAGAAGGCUGGACUUCCUAAGAAGGCGUGUGUGCAAAUUACAGUCUCGAUACUUAGGCCAGCAUGUUGCUACUGAAAUUGCUGGUGUUUUUGAAAAUGUUAAUAGAACUCUUAAAAAACCAAAGGAUUCCUAUGAAGAUUCUUUAUUUACUGGGUCAAUUUUACAUAAUAGAGACUUGAUGCAGUUAAAGCCCAUGUCAUACAGCUCUGCAAAAACCAUGGUGAAAAAGUUGGAAAUGAGUAAAAUUCUACAAGCCAAUAAUAAUGCCAGACAGAAAAGUGCUCCAAAGUACUUUGGAUCUGGAUCUAUUGAAGUACCUAUCCCUAGAAGUACAACUUCUGGUGCAGUCAACAUAACUCCAUGGCCUAUUGAAACAAAAAGUGAAUUACAAAGAGUUGUUGGACAAUUAAAAACCCAAACUAGUUUGACACAGAGGGACAUUGAUUCUGAAGCUACUGAGAGUAGUUCAGGAGGUGAAAGCUGUGAUGAAAUGAUAAGUUAUAAUAAUCCCCAUCAACAAUAUCUCAGUAUACAAAAACGUGCAUUAUGGAAAUAUUCCACGGACCGAGCGGUGAUAGCAGCUCGUUGGACAUGGCUCCAGGCCCAGAUAGCAGAUCUGGAAUACCGCAUUCGUCAGCAUACGGAUCUGCACAAGCAAAUCAAGAACAACAAGAAAGCUGUCCAACUGGGAGGCAUCAGCCCUGAACAUCCUGCCAACUCUUCCGUUCAGACGGCGAUCAAUGGUUAUCGGGGGCAAUUGCCGGGCAGUUCGUCCACCCCGAAGACAACUACCGAUGGCGCCACUCCGGAAGCAGCUUCGCCCCCCGACUACCAGUGCGCGCGCACCCGCCCCUUAGCCCAGUUCAAGAAGCGUAAGCUGCUGCAAGUGGCCGGGCUGCACGCGGUGUCGCGCAAGGCCGCCCGGCCGAGUUCGACGCGGUGCGCAUGCGUGCCGCUCGCCCUGCCGCCGUGCGCUUUAUGCACGGGCCGGACGGACCCGCAGCACCCGCGCGACCCGCCCGACACGAUGAGCCGCAGGGAGAGAGUGGCGUUGCUGGAUGCCGGGUUCCAUCCGGUGUUCUCGAUGCCCGAAGAUACAUCUCAAGGUAUCCACCUGGAGGCUCUAAUGAAAACUCAGGAUUGGCAACAGAGGAGCAGUCGGAUGAAAACGUACAAAUUAUCAAAACCUGAUAGGCUGGAAUCGAAAUCUCUCGAUCACCGAACGAGGAAAUUGGAGCAUCGAAAGAAGUAUGGAAGAUUAUUGAAGCCUAGUACUAUAUCAGCUUUAUCUGCAAAAAUUCGGAACAAAAUCCGUGGCCGCAAACCCGGCAGGCCUUCCUUCUUCAACCGCGUCCACCUCAAGAGGCACGCCAACAAAGAACAGGAGGCGCAUACCAUUUCUCAUCCCGCCCUCCCGGACUGCGUCGACGAAGAAGUGGAAUCGAUCGGCACCAACAGCAACUAUUGCCUAAGGUCGAUGGACUCACCCUGUUCGUCGCCCUUGUUGCAUAUGCACUCCAUCGCCGGGAAGAAGAACAAGGGGGGGCAGUCGUACGAUAUCGAUAAUAUCGUGAUACCGUACAGUGUGGCGGCCUCCACUCGGGUGGAAAAGUUGCAGUACAAGGAAAUUUUGACACCCAAGUGGAGAAUUGCUGAAACUGAUUGUAACAUAGCAGGGUAUGACAGUAUAAACAAUGGAGCUGCCAAAGACUUUGAUCAGGAUAGUGAUACCGAAGACACGUCCGAAGAGGCUGUCCUCGCCCGCCACGAUCGCUCCGAAUAUGACGAAAAAAAGCGCUUCCUCAGCUACCUCAAAAUGCCACCAGGCGGCCAAACCACCAGAGGGCGCUCGCAUCGCCGCACCGACAGCCGCGCCGAAUCCAGCGAGGCGAACACACCCGAUCCGAUGUCGCCCCAUCCCCACAACCCUAACUCCGCCUCUGCUGCGUCUAUCGACCAAUCGGGCGAGUUGGGAUCGCCGCCGGCCACACCCAUGGCGGUGGAGGGGGAAGGAGGCGGGGCAACGUUACCGAGUGUCGCGGUGAUGCGUAGGAGGACAAUGUCGCAGUCGAGGUUCGCGAAGGAGAAGGAGGCUCGGGAGGAGAGUCGGUGCGCCACCCCCGAUUUGGUCGAGGUGCCCCCGUACGAGGCGCGGACCUUCCCCAUCGACGACGCCACCUACUCCCAAAUGCUCGACCACAUGCCCGAGAAUCACUCGCGGUGUCGGACGAACGCCCGAUCCCAGGAUGCGCGCGCCGUCUGUCCUACCGCAGACGAGCGCUUGUCCAGCUACGGCGCAGGCUCGGAGGAGCGGGCAGAGAGGGCCGGUUCGCCGGACAGCGAGUCGACGGAAUCGGCCGCUCGGGAGGAGAGUCGGUGCGCCACCCCUGAUUUGAUCGAGGUGCCGCCGUACGAGGCGCGGACCUUCCCCAUCGACGACGCCACCUACUCCCAAAUGCUCGACCACAUGCCCGAGAAUCACUCGCGGUGUCGGACGAACGCUCGAUCCCAGGAUGCGCGCGCCGUCUGUCCUACCGCAGACGAGCGCUUGUCCAGCUACGGCGCAGGCUCGGAGGAGCGGGCAGAGAGGGCCGGUUCGCCGGACAGCGAGUCGACGGAAUCGGCCGUGGGGGAUGGAGAGGUGGAGGAGGAUGAGGAAGAAGAAGAGGAGGAAGAGGAGGAGGAUCCCAAUGAUCCGGAGUGGAUGGACGUGGAGCAGCGGGUCGGGAAGGAUCGGUACAAGAGAUAGGGGGGCCGUUAGCACGAUUUAAAAUCGUCCCGGUGAAAAGUGCUUCAAUUGAAGGUUCAUUGGAUACUAUGUGAAACUGACACUUGGAGUGACUUUGGUUCCCAUCGUUUAUACCAAUUAUUCGUAAUGAUUUUUUUCUUCUUUCAUUGUUACGUUACAAUUGCAGCACUAGUAUUGUGUAGUAUUGAACAUUUAAUGAUUACUAUGCUUGUGGAGUUGUUUGGUCUGCAGCAUUUAAUUGUGUUGACUGUGAAAAUUGUUGAAAUUUGAUUGGUACUCUUCAUAAGAGUAAUUUGUAUAAUAAGAUAGUGUUACUGUAUUUGUUAUUUUGGUUAAACUAAUUUUACAUGAUCCACAAAGUUUCUUGUACGAUGUUAAAUAUUGUAAAUUAUAUUGAAUAAAUAAGUGAAAAUAAAGUACUAUUUAUUUUUGAAAGCUGAAAUUUUGGAAAAUGAAUCGUUAUGUUACCUAACUUGUGUAGUUUGCAGA